AUGGGACUAACAGCUCUUCAAUCACGGUCCGCACGAUGGAUCGUAUCGCUUAUAGGUCUGGCCACAUUUGCCUUCACAUGUCUCAGGUUUUAUUACCAGCGAGGACAGGAGGGUCAGUCAGUAUGGAAUGAUGCUGAGGUCGUUGCUGAGCACAGGAUACAAGAGCAGGAGGCCUUGAAGGAGCAACAGUUCCAGGAAAGCAUUCAAGAUAUCAUGAAUGCUACACUAGGGUUCAACAAAGUUUUGGCUAUCAACAUGCCGAGUCGGACAGACAAGCGCGACCAAUUAGUUCUGGGAUCGUCACUCACCGGCUUUGUGAUUGAUUUUAUCGAUGGAGUAGAUGCUGAAGGCAUCAAUCCCAAGACAUAUCCAUAUAAUUGGAACCAGGAGCAUUCUGCCACUGAGUAUGCCUGUCUUCGGGCGCAUCUCAAUGCAGCUCAACGAAUCGUCCAGCAAGGACUACGUACAGCUCUCGUACUCGAGGACGACGUCGACUGGGACAUAACCAUCAAACCUCAACUACAAACCUUCGCACACGCCGUUCGAACCCUCCAAGACACAGUUCACACUCCUACCGAAUCUCCAUACGGUGACGAGUGGGAUAUCCUUUGGCUAGGACAUUGCGGUGCCUCAUGCAAGACCGAACAACCAUUCUACAUGAUCCCAAACGACCCAACACUUCUUAAACCAACCCAUCUCCCAACCUAUUACCGUCAACCGCCAGAGAAUGUGAGACCAGACACAACACGACUUGUAUGCACCCUACAAGAUGCUGCCUGCACACCUGCAUACGCCAUGAGCUACCGUGGCGCCCAGCGAGUUCUCGCCGCACUAUCCGUGAACCCGUCCGGCUUUGCCGAUAAGCUCAAGACCGGCGACCAGAUUGACAUCGAGCUUGGCCGCAUGUGCGAGAGUGGCUUGCUUAAAUGUUUUGCGCCGUUCCCGGCUUUGGCAGGAACAUAUCGAUCUGCUGGGUUGUCCUCGAAGGGCACUGAUCAAAGUGGACACGACGGUGCGGCUCAUAUGGAGCCUGCUACUAGCUGGGGUGUGGUGUAUAGCACUAUGCUUAAUAUCAAGCACAUUCUGCAGGGCGAGCGGGUUGUCCAUUCUACGUGGCCGGAUGUUGAUAGCCCUGUUAUCAACCCGGAGGAUAUCCAUUUCGAAAGAGGGUAUUUGUAUACCUUCCGACCGGAACACAUGGAUCUAAUUCCAACGCCCGAAGAGGAAGCCGUUGAUGAAUCUGUCUUCGAAGAUGAACCGAGUUUCACGGAUGAGCCAUAUUCGACCAGUCGGCCGCAUGCAACGAGGGAGCCGCAUCCUGAAAGAGGACCGGAAAUUCGAGAUCCAGAAUAA